AUGGCUUCAUCGGAUCCUACUUCCUUUCUGUAUCUACCCCCGGAGAUUCGUAGCCUCGUCUACGAUCUGGCCUUCAACCCCGAUGUCAAAACCAACAUUCUGGACCCGGUGCAUUCUGGAUACACAAGAGGCGUCAGCCCUUUGCUCUACGUUCACCCAGUCAUCUCUGCCGAUCUCAGACAACGCACUUAUGGUGGCGAUUUUUCCCUAGUACUCCCGAUUCAAGAACCCAGCGAAUGGGUGAAGGGGCGAGGACUCGAUAGCGAAAAGCUCAAGACAUGUCUCAACAACCUUCCCGAUCAUAUGAAGAAGAAAUGCGAGAGACUCAUUGUCGAGGCAUCGCAGCCGGAUGAAGUCGAAGACGAUGACUACGAAUUUUGGGAUAGUGAGGAUUUCCCUAGUUACCUCGUCCCACUACUCCUACAUAUUAAGGAGGAAAUACCGACAUUGAAGAAGAUCUCAUUUAUCUUUUGGUUUGGAGAAUGGAGCGCACCAGUGGACGUCUAG